AUGGCGAAAUUUACUCUACCCUUGGCUUUGGCUCUUUCGGCUGUGGCUCAGGCCCAGGUCGCCACACUUUGUGACCAAUACGCAAUCUAUGACAAAUAUCCCUUUCUUCUCAACAACAACCUGUGGGGUAAGGACAAGGGAUCCGGCUCCCAAUGCACCUACGUCGAUAAGAUCUCCUCGUCCGAGGUUUCCUGGCACACCACGUGGAACUGGUCCGGCACUGACAGCGAGGUGAAGAGCUACGCCAACUCGGGCUUCGAUUUCACCAAGAAAUAUGUCAGCGAUAUCGGGAAGAUCCCAACGACGGCCUCCUGGAGCUAUGAUAACACCGAUAUCAAGGCCGAUGUUGCGUAUGAUUUGUUCACGGCUGCGGACAUCAACCAUACAACUUCGAGUGGCGAUUAUGAGCUAAUGAUCUGGCUGGCCAAGUACGGAUCUGUCCAGCCCAUCGGGAAGCAAAUCGAUACCACCAACAUCGGUGGGUAUAGCUGGGAUGUUUGGUACGGCGGGGAUGCGAUGAAGACUUAUAGCUUCGUCCCUUCGGGUAACGCUAUUACCUCCUUCUCCGGGGAUAUCAAGAAGUUCUUCGACUAUCUGACCCAGAGUCAUUCGUUUCCGGCAUCGAGCCAGAAUCUCAUCACUUUGCAAUUUGGCACGGAGCCUUUUACAGGCGGGAAGUCGACAUUGACGGUGUCGAAGUUUAGUGCCAAUGUUGCUUAA